CUGCCGUGCCUCGACACUUCUUAAAAAAAAAAAUCCGUUUUUUUUUUUUUGAGCGUAGGUCGCCUCUCGGCCUUGGUGGCAGAGCAGGAAGGGGACACAAAGCUGUGGGGAGCGGUUCGGCUGAGCGCCGGGGGAGCAGGAAACAGCACAAUGAAGGGAGGCUGCAAGAUGUAGCUCUCUAACGUAUGCUGUGGCCUCCUCAGCGCUGUCUCUGAAAUCACUAUGGUCUAGCUCCUACAUGUGAGAAAAAAUCAAGGAGGUUUGAGUCAGUGAAAGAAGCAAGGAGAAAUCUGACACAAGGAAUGAUUUUCAGAAGGAAUCUAUGCAGUGAAUAUGACCAACCACUGAGCUGCCUGAUGCUACUACCUCAACUCUGUCCUUCAGCAGAUUAAGUUCUCUUCUUACUUCACUGAGCAGCAGCAGAAAACAUUGCCAGAAAACCUUUUUAACAACCUGCCCCCACCUGAGGACCUUUCUGCUCCACUUCAUACAGAAUGCUUGGCUCUGGAUCUCCUUGCAGAAAAGUCAUGGCUAUUAGGUGACAAGGUCUAACAGGAAAACAUCACACAGACAUGUGGAAUCAGAGAAUAUGAAACAGGAGCCAAAAUGACAUCCAGAUUUGGAAAGACCUACAGCCGGAAAGGGGGAAACGGCAGUUCCAAGUUCGACGAAGUAUUUUCCAACAAACGGACCACCCUUAGUACAAAAUGGGGAGAAACCACCUUCAUGGCCAAAUUAGGACAGAAGAGGCCCAGUGUCAAACCAGAUAUUUCUGAAGUUCCUAAAAAACCCAAAGUUGAAGAUGAGGUAACAGAGGAUCCAUUUGGAUUUGACAGUGAUGAAGAAUCUCUUCCUGUGUCUUCAAAGAAUGUGUCACAGGCUAAAAGCUCCUCUCAGCUGGAACCCGGUGAAGCUGCUCAGCCUGAGGACUUCACUCCUCUACUUGAAGCUAACAGCAGAAUUAAUCAGCCAGACAGUGGAGAAAACGUUGCAUCCAGCAAGUGCAUAUCUCUUGACAAUACUGUUCCUCUCUUAAAAGAAAAGAGCACAAGCAAAAACGUGGAAGAUGGAGAAUGCAAAGGCAGCAGUGCUAAACUUGUAACUGCAGAUAAAAUUCAGAAUUUGAAUGAAGAUAAUGAGAAGAACAGUCAUUUCAUCUAUGAGAAUGCUGAAGACAGUAACAAAACCAAUGCUGAAACUACAGACACUUCGGGAUACAACAUUGAAGCCAAGGUCUUGCCUGAUUCUUGGGACUCCCACAUUGGAAAAACAGCAGGCUCUCCAUCAGAAACAUCUCAGACGAAGGGGCCAUUAAGAACUCACUUGUAUGAAUGGGAGGAUGAAACUGAAGACACCAGAACUGGAGAGUAUAUAUUAGAUUUUGACAAUGAACAUCUCUCUGAGGUGAAGAGCAAGGAUGAGGAGUGUGAUAAAGAAGAUGCUGAAAAUCCAAAGGAAGCCAUUAGUGAAGAACUUGUGCAAACUAUUCCUAGGCCAAGCAACUGUAGGACAUAUUGUCGAUCCAACAAAGCAAAACCGCAGGGGGCAACAAAUUUUGACAAGCUAAUGGAUGGCACUAGUCAGUCUUUAUCCAAAGCAAACAAUGAGUCAAAUAAUGACGGUCUGAACCCAGCAAGAAAAGUUUCUUUAAGUAGUGGGACCAGUUUUAGAGGGACGGUUGGACGGACUAGAGACUACACUGUUCUACAUCCAUCUUGCUUGUCAGUUUGUAAUGUUACUAUACAGGAUACGAUGGAACGAAUCGAUGAAUUUACCACAGCAGCCCCUACUGACCUGGGAGAAGCUGGACGCUUAAGAAAAAAAGCAGACAUUGCUACUACAAAAACUACAACCAGGUUUCGACCAAGCAAUACCAAAUCCAAAAAGGAUGUCAAAUUAGAGUUUUUUGGGUUUGAUGAUCAAGAUGAGGGAGGGGGAGAUGAAGGCGCCUCUAGAAGUUCUGGGAGUUCCAAUUACAAAAUCAAGUACUUUGGGUUUGAUGACUUGAGUGAAAGCGAGGAUGAAGAUGAAGAAUGGCAGGUAGCAGAAAGGAAAGCUAACAAAAAACGAAGUAGAACUGCACCAUCUUCUUCGCUACAGUCGACCUCUGACAGCAAUGAAAACUGUUCCCAGGAUAGUCAGCUCAGUACUAAUGCAGAUCUUCUGGAGUUUUCAGAGGAUGCAUCUGGUGUGCCUGAAGGCAAUAAGAAGUCCACAAAUAAGCAAGGUGAUAAAUCAAAGGAAAACACCAGGAAGAUUUUUAGUGGGCCAAAGCGGUCUCCCACAAAAGCUGUAUAUAAUGCUAGACACUGGAACCAGCCAGAAUCAGAGGCCCUGCCAGCACCACCGGCUUUGAAAACUCCCAGUGUCCCAGUAAGGCUAUCUUCAAAGGAGGCAAUUCAUAAAGAUGAUGGAGUUUUUAAGGCUCCUGCACCACCUCCCAAAGUGAUAAAAACUGUGACAAUACCUACUCAGCCCUAUCAAGAGAUAGUAACUGCAUUGAAAUGUAGGAAAGAAGACAAAGAAUUAUACACUGUUGUUCAGCAUGUAAAGCACUUCAAUGAUGUAGUGGAAUUUGGUGAAAAUCAAGAGUUCACAGAUGAUAUUGAGUACUUGCUAAGUGGAUUGAAGAGCAAUCAGCCCCUAAACACACGUUGCCUUAGUGUAAUCAGCUUGGCGACAAAGUGCGCCAUGCCCAGCUUCCGAAUGCAUCUGAGAGCACAUGGGAUGGUAGCUAUGGUUUUCAAAACACUGGAUGAUUCCCAACACCAUCAGAAUUUGUCCCUUUGUACAGCAGCUCUAAUGUACAUCCUGAGUAGAGAUCGUUUGAACAUGGAUUUAGACAGAGCUAGUCUAGAUCUGAUGAUACGGCUUUUGGAAUUGGAACAAGAUGCUUCUUCUGCCAAGCUGCUGAAUGAAAAAGACAUGAAUAAAAUUAAGGAAAAAAUUCGGAGACUGUGUGAAACUGUUCACAACAAACACCUUGAUCUCGAAAACAUCACGACCGGGCAUUUGGCAAUGGAGACGUUACUGUCUCUCACCUCAAAACGAGCUGGGGACUGGUUUAAAGAAGAACUGCGACUUCUGGGUGGUCUCGAUCAUAUUGUAGAUAAAGUUAAAGAAUGUGUGGAUCACCUAAGCAGCGAUGAAGAUGAAGAGAAAUUGGUUGCUUCGCUAUGGGGCGCAGAAAGAUGUUUACGGGUCUUAGAAAGUGUAACUGUGCAUAAUCCAGAAAAUCAGAGCUAUCUGAUCGCGUACAAAGACUCGCAACUCAUAGUCUCCUCAGCUAAAGCACUGCAGCAUUGUGAAGAGUUAAUCCAGCGAUAUAAUCGUGCUGAAGACAGUAUCUGUUUACCAGACAAUAAGUCUCUGCCUCACCAGAAUGUAACUAACCACGUGGGUAAAGCAGUGGAAGACUGUAUGAGGGCCAUCAUUGGCGUCUUGCUCAACCUAACAAAUGAUAAUGAAUGGGGUAGUACAAAAACAGGUGAACAAGAUGGUCUGAUAGGCACCGCUAUGAAUUGUGUGCUUCAGGUUCCAAAGUUCCUACCUCAAGAACAGAGAUUUGAUAUUCGGGUGCUGGGAUUGGGUCUGUUGAUCAAUCUAGUAGAAUACAGUGCUCGGAAUAGGCACUGUCUUGUUAAUAUGGAAACAUCCUGUUCUUUUGACUCAUUCUGUACGGGAGAAGGAGAUGACAGCCUAAAGAUAACUGGACAGAUUGAUGCUGUUCAGGCUUUAGUGCAGCUAUUUCUUGAGCGUGAGCGAGCGGCGCAGCUGGCCGAGAGCCAGACAGAUGAAUUGAUUAAAGAAGCUCCUACUGCUCAGCAUGAUAAGAGUGGGGAAUGGCAAGAGACAAGCGGGGAGAUCCAGUGGGUCUCCACAGAGAAGUCAGAUAGUACUGAAGAGAAAGAUAAGAAGGAAGAAGAUGAUGAAGAACUUGAUCUCAAUAAAGCUCUCCAGCAUGCCGGGAAGCACAUGGAAGACUGCAUUGUGGCCUCCUACACAGCACUGCUUCUAGGCUGUCUCUGUCAAGAGAGUCCAAUCAAUGUGACUACUGUGAGGGAGUACUUACCUGAAGGAGACUUCUCGAUAAUGACUGAAAUGCUCAAAAAAUUUCUCAGUUUUAUGAAUCUUACUUGUGCUGUUGGAACAACAGGCCAGAAAUCUAUCUCUAGGGUGAUUGAAUACUUGGAACACUGCUAGAUACUUAACUUCCGCUGCAGGCACUGUAAUGCUGGAGCUACCCUUAGACAAAAGAAGUCGUCAUGAAAGAACUCCUUGAAGGAUAUACCAAGAGCAUUCAUCUGUGUCAUUCGUGUUCGGAUUUUUAAGGCUACCUGGUCUCUUAACCAUGCAUUCAGCAUUUUCUAAAAGACAGUUACUACAUCAAUCUGCAACUAUCAAAAAUGAGGGGAAAAAGGUUCUGAGGAAAAUAAAUAAAGAAACCAUGCUGUUUAUGAUGCAGUGCAGUAUUUAAAUAUUUUUGGCAGGGUUUACCCUCCCUAUCUUUUUUUUCUUGCUUUGUUCGUGACAAGUUUCAAGGGGAAAAACUUGCUGCUGAUAGUGCAACUGCUGUUUACUGUUGAGCCACUGUUUCAUGCCAGCCAGGUGCAAAGGCAGCUUAGCUACUGAGGUAUCAAACAAAUGUUCUAAUAAAGAAGUUCUGGACAGCAGCACCGCUCCUAUUUGACUUUAAUUUGCUCUUGCUUUUUUAUUACUAGAUUAUUCCAAAAUCAUAAAAAUAUAAAUUUUUAAAUACUUUUGUGAUUUUAACUACUGUCUAUAUUUAAAAUUUGUUGGAAUCCAAAGAGGCGAGGAUUGGAUAGUUUAUUUUUUAUACUGUUUUGAUUGAAAUUAGGUUGUUGAACUAUUUCUCAGUUCUAAAGCUGUCGCGGCCCGUGUACUGUAAACCGAUAGACCAUAACACUUUGUAGUUCAAGAAGCAUGCAAACCCAUAAACGCAUAAAGCCAUUUGAGGGUAUGUUAUCCACAAAAGAAAUAGGAACUGUAAAAAGUUGUGCCCUGUUUGAAAAAAGAAAGAAAGAAAAGAAAAAAAAAAAGAUUCAAUCCCAGGGUAGUUUACACUUCUAGUAAGCAAAAACUUUGAAAUGCUGUUUUAAUUUGUUUCAAGGAAGCACUCAAGAUGUAUUUUGUAAUGCUCAAUACAAAGAAUUUGGAUGUUUUUAGGGGGAAGAAUUUUAAAGAAGCUAAAACACCAAUGGGGAUUAAUGUUUCCAGCUGACAUAAUCUUUCUAUUUCAUUCUGCUGUAGUAUGACAGAGUUUAAAUGCAUACAACACAAAGCCUUAAAUUGCUGAUAUAGCUAAGAUUUUGUUCAGUCUGAGGUCUAGUUCACAGCAAAGCAUUGUGUUUGAAGACUUAAGUGGAACAAAGAAUCCCAGAAUAUACAUUACUUUUUUACACCAUUUUUUUCUUGCACUCAUUAUUCAGACCAACGGAAUUGGUAAUUAUUUUUAUUAAGGUGGUCUUGAAUAUUUGCAGACUGUUCUGAGAUCUGCCUCAUCGACAUUUUUAAAUACCUGUAUAGGUAGUUACAUCAUGUUAUUCCAUUGAAUUUGUAAAACUUGAAGCCAUAAAAAUAUUAGUUCUAUGUAUAAUGAGGGGGAAAUAACAGGAAAUCUAACCUGCUUUUAGAUCUUGUGUUAUCUCCAUGUAUAAAGUUAAGAACUCGUGCUUUUGUAUCAGUGCCAGCUGUAAAUUUUUUACAUACAGUGGCUGCCUUCUAUGUCUUCCUAUUUUUGAUAAUGCAGAUUGUUGGGAAUUCUGUAAGGAAGUAACUGAUUAGUGGCAAAAAUCCUAUGUUGGUCAUACUUUUUUGCGUUUUCUCUCAUCACCUUCUAAAACUUAGCGUAUCAGUGUAACUUAGAAAAGUUUUUGAGGUUGUAUUCCCCUUUGGAAAAAAAAAAAUAAAAAAUCAGUAUUGAGAGAGAAAGAAGCUUUAUGUAAAUGAACUACAUCAGGAGGAAAUUAUUGAAUACUUUGCCCAUCUAGUUUUCUGAUUUUAGAGACUUUUAAUGGGAUUUCAAAUUGAUUAUGUAGUUUUCUGCGGAGAGAUGGCAAGAGAAAAUACAGAUGCAACGAUGGGGGAAAGCAGGGACAACUACCUUUCUUUGUUACACUGGUAAUUGUUUGGGAAUUGAUUUACCUCAGUGUUUAACAGUUUUUUUUCAAUGUAACUAAUUGUCAAGCACUGACAAAUGCAGAUUUUUUUUUUUGAGGGUGGGGGGAGAAAUCACCCUGUGAACUGCAGUGCAUUUUUGUGUGUUAGACCCUCAAAUAACUCUGCAUUAAAGGGUACUUGAGGCCAACUUGCAAAUUAAAGUUUUAAAGUAACUUUUUUUCCAUUGUAAAUAUUUGUGUAAAUACUCUCAAUUGGAAAUUAGAACAGUAGAGUACUUUUCUGAAUCCAAUCCUAUUUUUAUUUUAUACAGUAUUUCUCAGCUGUGAUCUUUGGAGCAAAAGCCAACGGCAGGAAAAAUAGUUUGUACCAGUUUCAUGAAGUAUGUCUUUGGGUUUUUGUAAAUAAUUUUAACUCAAAUAAAAUUGCUACUUUCAAUACA